CUUGCAUGUGAACUGAUGAAAACACCACUCAAGAAGGCACAGUAGAUCCUGUCACCUCUCCCUGUGAUUCUGUGUGGACUACAGAAAAAUAAACAGCAUAACGAGCCGGACUACUUUCCUCUUUCCAGGAUGGAAGACUGUGUACAGGGUGGAAUCUUCAUGCUCUUUUAAAAGAUUACAGGCAGUUACCUUUACUAUCCCACGCCUCUGAGAUCUUGUCAUUUGUUGUCUCAUUGCUUUAUUCAGUAUACUGUCAUGGUGUUUGGAAUGCAUGACACACCCACCUUUGAGGCAGAGAGUCUUGUACUAGUGCUGAACUGCGACUUGCCUCUGCGCUGUCUGUGAGUGUCUGAGCCAACACCUUCAGUCAUGAACACGAUCAUCGUCUAUGAAAAUCGGAAUUUUAAGGGCCUCAGCAGAGAGUUCACCUCUGAUGUCCCUGAUUUAAUUCAACAGAAUUUUGAUAACUGCAUCUCCUCUCUGAAAGUCAUCGGGAAUCCAUGGGUAGCAUACACAGGUGCUAAUUUCACUGGCGAACCGACUGUCUAUGAGGAAGGAGAAUAUGCCAGUGUGUACUACAAUGACGACAUUUCUUCACUAGAGCUGGUGACAGAGGACCUGGAAAAUCCUCAGAUUACACUGUAUGAAGAGGAAAACUAUCAGGGCCGGAGCCUCGUCCUCAACUGUGAGACCAAUUUGCGUUAUGGCACUUUUAACGAUAAAACAUCUUCUCACAAGGUGCAGAGAGGAGCCUGGGUUCUAUAUCAGCAUAAACAGAGAAGUGGGUCUAUCCAGGUGGCCAGAGCUGGUCAUGAUGUUCCUAAGUACGACUGGUUUGACAACCGUCUGAGCCACGUCCGUCCUCUUAAAGCAGGUAAAACCUCCAUUAAAGCUGAAAUGGAAUGGGGCAAAAAGAAAGAAACUGUGAGAACAGUCAUCAUCGACUCCAUCACUGGUGUGAAUUAUGGAUCUGAGAAACAAAUCUUCACCACUGAUCUGACUCGAGAGUUUUCAGGAUCUGUCACUGAGAGCUUCAGGUUCAGCAAUUCCACACAGAUUGGUUUUGGAAACAAAUUUGAAUUAUCAGUGUCUGGUUUUAAAAAUGAGUCUACCUUAAAUGUCAGUAACAACUUUACAGUGGAGAAGGGCAGCAGCAACACCAGAAGCACAAGUGAAAGUAUCAGAGUCUCAUUGCCAGCCAGCAUUCCUCCUCGCACCAAGCUCACAGUGAACAUGGUGAGGAAGGAGAUGACUGUUAUGAUCCCGGUCAAGCUGACCAUCACCAAUGGCUUUCACACUAAGGUUGAGUAUGGAGAGUACCGGUGCGAGCAGGGGAACUCUAUUAGCACUGAAUUCAAGGAGGAGAAGAUCUAGUACAGCCAUGUUAGAAAAAAAAACCCUCUGGUGUGGUGCUGUGACAUGGACCAGCAGAAAGCAGAGCUAGGCUUUCAUUUAGUUCAAGUAAUUUAUAUGCUGUAUGUAUCGCUGUAUUGUAAUUCAUUUAAUGUUUCAGAUUAUGUGUACGGUUUACCAUGUACCAUGUACUAGUUUUAGUGCCUAAUGAUGGAACAAUGUGCAGGAAUGUGAAAUUACUGCCCUAAUUAUUGAACAUCCAGUAAUACAAUAAUUAUUAUUCUAACAUUUAAAAUAAAUGAUUAAAUAAAACUCAAAUGCA